AGUGACUUAUCAACGCACUGCAAGCGCUGGUGCGACAGUAGUGGGAACCGGCGCGGUAGCCAGGCUUUGGCACACCUGGACGUCCUGGAAGUGCUCAAGAAGCUCUUUCGACGCAUUUGUUUUGUAGAGGUAUCUUGGCUAGUUGCAUAGUCCCCAAAAAUCUUAUUUGUCUAUUUGUGUAUAUCUUGUGUUACGUUAACGAAGAUGAUUACGUCGAACUGACUUGUGUGUGUCAAUGUAAUACUUUCCAAUAUACUUGAAGUCACUCAUUGGACCACCUCAGUGUAUGAUUCCGAGAGUUGAUUUAGAGUGCCUGUCGUGCUGGUGACGACAUCCAUACCCUGGGAGGGUGCUCCACUCCUAGGAUUAGACUUCGGUUUGGUGCAUUGCGAGGUCCAUAUUUCAAGAUGAUUGACCUCACAGUGAAGACGUUGGAUUCACGCAAUCAUGCAUUUUCCAUGCCAGAUGAUGCCUCGGUACAGCAGCUCAAAGCUAAAAUAGAGGAAACUAUGAACAUUCCAGCCAGCAGGCAACGCCUCAUUUUCCAUGGCAGAGUAAUGCAAGAUGACAAGCGGUUAUCAGAAUAUGAGGUCCAUGGCAUGGUAAUACACUUAGUGAAGUCGCAGCCACCUCAGCCUGGUGCAAGACAGGGGUCCAACAGCAAUGCUAGUGGUUCCAAUAAUACUAAUGCAUCUGAUGGCUCUGGGAGGCAGGGAGGCCCUCGCUAUUUUGGGCGUGUUGAUGGUGGCACCAUGUUUGGAUCUGUUGUUAUUCCUGUUCUUGGAGACCCAGAGGAUGGACGCCAUAGAGCUUCAAGACUGAUUUUAAAUGCAUAUCAUAUGAUUGACCGUGCUACAGAAGUUCUGGACAAUUAUGAAAGUUCAGUUUCAAGAUCUGAUUCUUCCACUGCCUCUGUCACGACGACACCAUACAACAGCUCUAGGGAUUCGAGUGGUAGCCACAGUCCUACAACAGAUCCUACUCAGCUAAGGACAGGUGCUCCAUCUGGCGCUAGUUCUCAACCAUCCACAUCUAGUAGUGUGGAAGGAGGAGAUUCAGAAAUGGAGACAGACAGUACCCCUGCCACUCCCCAUAUCACAGUGAGCAAUGCAGACCAAGCAACAGGUUCCUCAACUGCCUCUUCAAACACCACAAGUGGCACAGGCACUGGCACAGCUACUCCAGAUGGGACCAGCCAGAACUCAAGUCAACCAAGGCACAGCGGGACACCUACUGCAGCUAAUAUGGCUGAAUUAUUGUCUCAAUUAAGAGAAGUGCAAGCUCGCGUGAAUCCUCUGUUAAUUCGCUAUCAUAAUUUAUUCACCAAUGAUCCUCCCACUACCAAUGCUCGACAGUUGGCUAGAAGGCAGAAGUUGUCACAGGCUGUGCCAGAAGUUCUUCAUUUACUCUCACAUGCAUACCAUGCUGUCAGUGACCUAACUACUUACUGGGACAGGCCUCCCCCUCGCCAGAUGCGACCUCUUCAGGCUCCAGCUAUCCAGCAACUAGUGCAGCUUACUGAAGGGAUGAAUCCGUGGGGCGUCAAUAUUCCCGGUGCAGCAUUAUUUGCCCAGCAAAGCCAGCCAGCUACAUCGAACGCCUCAGCCACAACUGGUCCAGGUGCCACAAGGCCAUCGACAGUAGGUGCAGCUGCCGCGGCGGCUGCAGGGGCGCCUGCAAGAGAGACUGGUGCGGCUGCAUUCUUUGCCGCUAGUGCUGCUGCUGCCGAGGCCGCCGCUAAUGCUGCUGUAGCGGCUCGUGCUGCUGCCUCAGCAGCUGCCACAGCAGCUGCAGCGCCUGGAAGCACUUCCACUGCGGCAGCGGCAUCACCAGGAGCUGCUGCUCAAUCGGGUGUGCCUGAAAUGACGUACAUGACAACAACCUUCCCUGCUGAGGGUGGUGAGGCCACAACCACUUUCUCCACCAGGCCAGCAACCAACUUCGAAGCAGCUCCAGGAACAAACAACUCUUCUGCGGCCCCAGGUGCAGCAGGUGCAGCCAACCGAACCCCAGUUGUCACUGCAUCCAUUGAUUUAUCUGGCCGUAAUCCUGGUUUGACUGCUGCUCUGAAUGUCGCCUACGCCAUUGCAAACCGAUUUGCUGCACACCAAGUAGGACAUCCUCCUCAUCAGCAACAACCACAGCAGCAGUCGCAGCAACCAAAUCAGCCACAACAACCUCAGCAGUCAGCGCAACAACAGCAGGCAGCACCUGACCAACCCCAACAACCACCUCAACAACCUCCCCUUCAACCUCCACUACAUGGUCAAGCAAGGGCAGGAAUCGUUCAUUUACCAGUUGGGAUGAUUGAUGCCAAUGUUGAAUUUUUUAUGGAAGUUGGUCCAAGCACCAUUACCAUCGACUCAGUUGAGGCUAGUGUUGUCACCAGCAACAACUUUACUCCUGGUACAAAUGGUGCCCCCACUGAUGGCAAUCCACUCAACGUUAAUUUUCCCUGGGGAGGCCCACAUCCUCAAGAGUUCCUGCACGGCGUUGUCCAGGCUCUGAAUCGCUUCAUGACUCCGGGUGCACCAGGUGCACCAGGGACUCCAGGGUCGCCAAGCGCCAACCCCAACCUGCGGCGCCGCGGCAGCGCUCCGGAGAGCACCCCGAACCCCAACUUGAGGCGGCGUGGCAGUGCGCCCGAGACGGAGGGCUUGGACAGCGCUCAGUCUCAAGCCAGCAGUGCCUCAGCCUCGGCAGGCAAUGCUGGCAAUGCUGCUGGGAAUGGAACAGCUGCAGGGCAAACCAGUCAGGCGCGAGGCUACACCGCCACACACCCGACCACCUCGACCCAGACCCGCUCCACCGCGCGUCCCCACGUCCACCACAUUGCUGCUACCCAAUUCCCUGGGUACUCUGUUGCUUAUCCCAUGGACCCAUUCUUGCCAUGUCACUCCCACUUCUUUGCUCCAUGGCGCCGCUCAAGACCCAGUGGCAAUACUGGCACAUCAACAACUGCUAACAGUGCAACCCAAACAAGCACCAAUUCUCAAAGUGGCACCCAAGCCACAGCGCCCACUCCACAGCCUAACUCGGGAAGACCUGCCAGCACUAGCACUGCCUCACCUGCUGCCAGUGGGCCUGCAGCCUCUGCCACAUCAGCAUCCACCUCAACCCAAGGCUCACCUGGAGCUUCCUUCUUGAACUUCAUUCAGUCCCUGUUUGGAAGAGACAUGCCAGCUGGAAAUGAUGCUUUGACCAGUGUGAUAGAGUCUUUAGUUACUGCAAGCAAUCAGGGAGACCAAGCUGAGGUGCCAAUCAUUAAUUGGAUGUUCCCUGGAGCCAAUGAACAAGCAGGUGAAUCUCUUCUUGCUGAUUUAAGGCUUGCAGUGGUUCGCAGUGUGACUGUGUCAGAUUUGGCUGCCUUAAUUGAUAGUAAUUGGGAUGCUGUAAAUCAUAUACGCACAGAUUUACGCCAGUUUGUUAUAGAGCGUUUGUGUCAAGGUACUUUAACUCAAGAGAGUUUUGCACAAGGAGUUAACCAAAUGUUGGAAGAACUGAGACCCUACUUCAACAUCAUACUUGAGGGGGAAGUUCGUGAAGAUGUUGAUCCUGUUGCUACUUUGUACCGUUACCAUCAGACUUUCCUCCCUAUAUUUUUCAAAUUAAUUUUGGAUGAUGAUCGUGCCCCUAAUUUUGGACGCAAUCUUCAUGCCUUGGUUCAUAAGUAUUUGGGUCGCCUAUGGGCUAUUGUUAAAUAUUGUUGUGCAAAUAAUGAAGCUGUAGAGGCUGUGUUUACUGCUUGCAUGAACCGAAUGUCUGAAGAAGGUUCAUUGUCUACAUGGACAGCAAGAGCGUAUCUUGGACAGUUACGCCUUUAUACUGACAGUAUAAGUGUACCAUUUCAAGAGAUUGAGAAGUACAUUGUCUAUCGCGGUGGUGCAAAUGGAGCUCAGGACAGGACUGUUCCAGUUCCUUCAACUUCUGAGUCUUCCAGCUCGUCAGAAAGUGCAAAAUCUGAGGAGCCAAAUUCAAUGUCUGAAGUAUUAUCAAGUUCGGUACUUCAGGGAAAUAUUGAGCCUAUGGAUAUGGAUCCCCAAUCUCCACCUCUUGCAACAACAUCUGCUGUUGCAUCUUCGGACAUCCCAUGUCAUAGUUCAGAAGAAUCUGCCCCUGUAGCGCCAUCAGGAGAGGCAUCAUCCGGAGACAUAGGAGAAUUAGCAUCACAGUCUUUACCUGUACCUGCACCUGAGGCCUGGCACAGAAUCCUUCCUCCGGAAUGGGUUCCCAUCAUCGCCAGAGAUGCAACUCGCCAGCAGCGUAGACCAAAUUCACAAGCACCCCUUAGUGAUGCAUACUUAGCUGGAAUGCCCCCAAAGCGCCGCAAAGUUGUCACAGCCGACAAGCCACAAGGAUCACUCAGUGAAGUAAUUGCUGCAAACAUGGAAUCUGCUAUCCAAUCGUCAGGAGUGUCAACAGCAGGAUUAUCACUUGUUCAAGAAGAAGCAGGUAGUGAUCCACGAUUACGUGAAGCAUAUCGUGAACAAUUACGAGCAACAGUUAGGGCGAACCUUGCCAACAAUCCUGACUUUUCUGCUGAACGCUUUCCAAAUGCUGCCCAGUACUUUGGCAAAUCAUGAUGGUCUGAUUUGUUCAAACCAGAGCUCUAGGUAGGAAAUCACAUCUUGCUAUUGGGUUAGAUAGUUAAAAUUGUUUUCUGAGCUUUUUUUUUUUUUGUUUGUUUUCCAUAUAUGCUGGAAAGGUUUGUUGUCUUGCUACACAACCUAAGCUCAGGCAUUGUAGCAUUGGUGCAAUUGAUUAUGUGCUCUUAUCGAAGUGCUAUUCUGCACUCCCAUCUUAUAUGUGAUAGUUAUGUGAUGGUAUUAGUAUCAGAGUUUGUUUUUGGACCACUAUUUCAUGCAUCUGUACAUUAAUUUUACCUUCAGCUUAACACUGAUGUGAGGUGAAGUUCAACUGCUUUCACACUUAGUACAAAUGUUGUUUCCACAUGUUCAAGGAGAGGGAUAGUUCUGCAUUUCGCAUAGGGUCCCUUUUCAACAAUUAAAACAAAAAAAAAAAACUAAUUAGAAACUCCAGUCAGGUGCUUCUUACUUAUAAGUCUUUUUUUGGGUGUAUUUUUGUGUGUUCAUACAUUUUAUAUGGAUUAUGGUGCUACCUGUAGCAUUAUCUCUUUUGACUGUUAAAUGCUUUAUUCCUCGCAUACUGCUUUCUGAUGAUUGAGGAAACUGACAAGCAUUCUUAUGCUUGAGAUGGGGUUUAACGCCUAUACCUUAAUUUCUUUUGUGUUUUCCCUCAUUUAUUUGCUAAGUUAUUAAUGAUUUGCUCUUUACCAUGCGCUGGAGAUAGUGUUGUUAUUUGUUUCUCCUUUCUCCACUAUAGUUGGUCUUCAGUUAUUUCAUGGCUACUGCAUUCUGUUCGGUACCUAGUCCUUACUCAAAUCACGUUCCUUGUAUAAACAGUCAUUGGAAGCUGACAUGAAACAAUUUGAAAUCAUGUGUUAUUUGAGAAUAAUUGUGUACAUAUUGAACAAAAUAGUUUUUCUGUACUUUCUUAUGGUUGAUGACUGAUGUCUUUUCAGGACCCAAUGUUUGACACAGGCUUUUCUUUAACAAAUGAUGUGUAUUUCAUCUUACUUAUUAAUGCGGGAAUGUCAUCUCGGAAAACCUAGAGCCUAACUUUGUAAGAAUUGUUAAGAAUUACUGUCAAAAGUAGCCUAGACUUUUACAGAUGCCAUCUUUGUCCUUCUUAUGGAUGGGUCUUGUGAUUUAAGUUGUUUUGAUGUGAUAGCGUGUUUUCACAUUGGCUAUCAGAAACAUUUGUACAGGGUGUCUUUUGUUAGAAAAAGUGUCACAACAGUUGAAAAUAUUAAAUAUUUUCUAUCUUCCCUCCAAGUUAGACUCCUGCUGAGAAAGACACAACUUUUUAAAGUAAUUUAAAUCAAAAUCUGUGAGAAAAGUAGUAUGUUUGGAAGUGAAAUUGAUGUGUGAUUAUUAUACACCUUUUGGUUCGAAAGAAAAUGAUUGUAAUUAAGUUUAUUGUAAAAUUUGGUCUGUUCUAACCACACAUCCUGCAAAGUUCAUCAUUAUUUUAUUAUGUUGUUUAAACUCUGAUAGCCUAUUUAAAUGUCAGACUGAAUCAUUUGUUCUAGUUCUGCCUUACAGAACAAUUUCUAUAUUCAAAUCAGAUACCCAUGUGAACAUUCUAACUUUCUGUUCUGAAGCUGUUGAUUUUGUGAGUUGUGCCCAUCAGUACAUUUCCAUCUUUUACUUUAAUAAGGAUUCUCAAGAAUAAAGAUGAAGAAUGGAUAUUGUACAUUUGUAUAACUAGUGGUAUUUGUGUUUGCAUAAAAGAGUUUUAAAUACAAUUAAUCUUCAUA